UACGACUUUGAACAUGGCCACCUUAGGGCUAUCCAAAGUAUUCAUACUCGAUAAGUAUUUUACUGAGUUGCAGAAGUUUUGGGAAACCGAGAAAAAGCUUCAAGAUGCAAGCUCCUCUAAUGAGGCAGUCCAUUUGCAGCAGCGGCUACGAAGCCUUAGCACUGAACUUGUUACUUUACGCAACCGACUACACGUUGGUAAUCCCGGCGCUGUGAGCUGCAAAGAUGAUUUAUCAAUGCCUCGCGCAACAACAGCUGGAACUGAUUGUAAAGUAACUGAUACUUCAGCCUGCACGACACAGACGAAAAUCUCCCACAAUGUUAACGGCGCCCAGGUUAUUGCACCACCAAGUCUUCCUCAUUCACAACGAUCCGUUGUUGUGCAGAAACUGAGCUCUCAUGAUGGAUCAAAAGGCAAAGAACCAAACAAUAAACAGACAUCACCUGCAUGCAAUACUACGUCAAAAUUUAACAAUAAUACUUCAGGCAUGGUGGAACAAAAUGGCAAUAAAACAGGAUCUUCAUAUGAUUUAGAAGAUCUUAUACGUCUGCCUGGACCACUGACAGAAGACGACGCUGUUGAAAUCAUUACAAACACGCUUUAUGCAAGCUCCUCUAAUGAGGCAGUCCAUUUGCAGCAGCGGCUACGAAGCCUUAGCACUGAACUUGUUACUUUACGCAACCGACUACACGUUGGUAAUCCCGGCGCUGUGAGCUGCAAAGAUGAUUUAUCAAUGCCUCGCGCAACAACAGCUGGAACUGAUUGUAAAGUAACUGAUACUUCAGCCUGCACGACACAGACGAAAAUCUCCCACAAUGUUAACGGCGCCCAGGUUAUUGCACCACCAAGUCUUCCUCAUUCACAACGAUCCGUUGUUGUGCAGAAACUGAGCUCUCAUGAUGGAUCAAAAGGCAAAGAACCAAACAAUAAACAGACAUCACCUGCAUGCAAUACUACGUCAAAAUUUAACAAUAAUACUUCAGGCAUGGUGGAACAAGAUGGCAAUAAAACAGGAUCUUCAUAUGAUUUAGAAGAUCUUAUACGUCUGCCUGGACCACUGACAGAAGACGCUGUUAUGAAAUCAUUACAAACACGCUUUGUAAACAAAAAAUGUUAUACUAACAUCGGUCCUAUUUUGGUGGCAGUGAACUCAUAUAAUGACGUAGGCAAUUGUUUAACGCUGACCAGUACCAGAAAUGUGCAUCUCGCGCCACAACUUCGACGGGUGGUGCAAGAAGCAGUGCGACAGCAAAGCGAAACUGGAUACCCGCAGGCCAUUAUUCUGUCUGGUACAUCUGGAUCGGGCAAGACUUAUACGAGUAUGCUGUUAUUGCGACAACUUUUUGAAAUAGCUGGCGGAGGUCCGGAGACUGAUGCUUUCAAGCACCUCGCUGCAGCUUUUACAGUUCUUCGAUCUUUAGGCUCUGCUAAAACUACCACAAAUUCUGAAUCCAGCCGCAUAGGACAAUUCAUUGAAGUUCAAGUAACAGAUGGUGCUUUAUACCGAACCAAGAUUCACUGUUACUUUUUGGACCAAACUCGAGUUAUUCGAUCAUUGCCACAAGAAAAAAACUAUCAUAUAUUUUAUCAAAUGCUGGCUGGGCUUUCUAGAGAGGAGCGUAUUCGAUUCAAUUUGGAUGGAUAUAACCCAACAAAUUUACGUUAUCUACAGGCCUUCGAUACGCAUCAAAAUCAAAAAGAAGAUUCUGAAAGGUUUCAAGCUUGGAAGGCUUGUCUGAGUGUCCUCGGAAUACCGUUUUUAGAUGUGGUGAGAGUUCUUUCGGCAGUGCUGCUCUUGGGAAAUGUAAUAUUUGUGGAUGGUAAAUCUUUAGAAGUAUCGGUUAAAGGCGAAACUGAACUCAAUUCAGUAGCGAACUUGUUAGGCGUUCCGGGACCAUCACUUUUUCGAGGCCUUACAUCUAGAACGCAUAAUGCCCGUGGGCAACUUAUAAAAUCUGUUUGUGAUGCAAACAUGUCUAAUAUGACAAAAGAUUCUUUGGCUAAAGCUUUAUAUUGUCGCACCGUAGCAACUAUUGUGAGACGUGCAAACAGUCUAAAACGAUUAGGAUCAACGUUGGGAACUUUGAGUUCAGAUUCAAAUGAAAGUGUACAUAAUCAAGCUGAGGUCACAAGUCAGCAUGCUAGCACUGUAGGUGGAAACUCUGGUUCAAAAUCUAUGGUAGCCCUCAAUAACGCUGUUCGUCAUGCUACGGAUGGAUUUAUUGGUAUUCUUGAUAUGUUUGGAUUUGAAGAACCAAAAUCAAGUCAAUUGGAACAUUUAUGUAUAAACCUUUGUGCUGAAACCAUGCAGCAUUUUUAUAAUACUCAUAUAUUUAAAAGUAGUGUCGAAUCUUGUAGGGAUGAAAAUAUACAAUGUGAUAUUGAAGUUGAUUAUGUAGAUAAUGUGCCAUGCAUAGAUUUAAUUUCUUCGCUAAGAACAGGAUUAUUAAGUAUGCUGGAUGUGGAAUGUUCUAUAAGGGGAACAGCUGAAUCUUACAUUGCUAAGGUUAAAGUGCAGCAUAAGCAGAAUGAUAGAUUAUUCGAACCUAAACCAUUAGAGCCGCGUUUGUUCGGAAUACAACAUUUUGCUGGGAAAGUUAUUUAUGACGCUACAGAUUUUCUUGACAUUAAUAAAGAUGUAGUACCUGAUGAUCUUGUAGCUACUUUUCAUAAGCACACUUGUGACUUUGGUUUUGCAAGUCACCUCUUUGGCAGCGAACUGAAAGCGUUGUAUUCACUAGAUAUUGUUCCUCGGGGUAUAAGUUUCAGAAUAUCUCCUACAUCUCAUACUGACUUAUCAAAUGGUGAUGAACCGAUAUCUACAUUGACACAAGAUUUUCACACACGUCUGGAUAACUUACUGCGAACACUUGUGCACGCUAGGCCCCACUUUGUAAGGUGUAUUCGUAGUAAUGCUACUGAAGCAUCAUCCAAGUUUGAGAAAAGAUCUGUAAUGAAACAAAUUCGAUAUUUACAAGUGUUGGAAACUGUAAAUUUGAUGGCUAGUGGAUAUCCACAUCGAAUGAGAUUCAAAGCUUUUAUUUCGAGAUAUCGUUUACUUGCACCAUUCAAUGAAUUAUGCAGGGAAGAAGAUAAUGCCAUUGAUGAUUGCAAAUCGAUAAUGCGUUAUGCGAUAGACGCAAUUGAAAAGAAAGAGAAAAUUGUUUCAAUGGGGUGGGAUUUAGGAAAAAGACAUAUAUUUCUAAGUGAAGGAAUUAGACAAUAUUUAGAGAAUUUGAGAUCUAAAACAAGAAAUGAUAGUGCGACAAUGAUACAAUCUUUGUGGCGAGGUUGGAGAUUGAGAAGAAGGUGGAUAGCAUUGAAAAGAGAAAGGGAUGUUCACAUCACUAAUUCUAUAACCAAUGAACAUUCCAAGCCUAAAUCAUUGGUUGAACGUUCAGCUGGAUGUAUUGGCAAUACAGGAUCUGGUAGGCCAAGACCACAGCCGAUUGCUGGUACCCCUCCACCUGAUCCGGCAGACAAGUGCGACACUAAGGUUGUUCAACAGACGUGUACCUUAUUUGGACUCGACCUGCCUAAUUUACCUUCUGAUAAUCAAAUUCCUGAUUGUGACAUGGUUUAUCGAACGAUUCCUGUUAGAAAUAAUAAAAAAUUCUUCUCUCUGAGAAGGGUUGUCGGGGAAAUUUCUAAACUUAAAAACAAAAAAUCUCCAGGAAUCGACUUAAUCUCGUCGAGAAUGUUGAAAGAAUUGCCUAAAAAAGUUAAAAUGAUUCCAAAGACUGGAAAGGAUCCAUAUUUGGUUUCAUCUUAUAGGCCCAUAAGCCUUCUACCUAUUACCUCAAAAAUUUUCGAAAAACUUUUACUUCAAGAUAUAUUAUCAGAAUCAAAUAAUAUUCCAGACCAUCAAUUUGGCUUCCGCAAGCAACAUUCGACAACACAACAGUGUCACAGACUUGUUAAUAUUAUUAAUAACUCUUUCGAAGCCAAGGAAUACUGUUCCGCCGUGUUUCUGGAUAAAGCCAGUAUUCUCGGAACUAAGCUUGCUGCCGAGCUUAUGGCAGGCCACGAUGGUGUUAUUGUGAAUACCAGCUCAAUAGCAGCUCUUCUACCACAUCGCUGGUUACCUGUCUACACUAGCACCAAAAGUAGUUUGCUGACAUUCACACAAUGUUUAGCGCAAACUGAAAAUUGUAGUCCAACCGGGAUCAGAUAUCUAUUACUAUGUCCUGGAGGGACCAAUACACCUCUGAGACAUGGCAUAAAUAAGUAUGGAAUUGUACAAGAGCACAUUCCGUAUGAACAAAUUCCAAAAGCUUUGUUAGAAGACCAAGAACCCGAAUUGGUUGGAAAUGCAUUCAUACGCAUGCUUCAAGAAGCUGCUAACGGUGCCGUAUGGCUGGUUAAUGGUGGUAAAAUUUUCGAUGUGCAUGUACCAACAUUUGAAGAACUCAAAAAAACAGAAAUAUAA